UCCAGACAGUACGCAGAACAGCUCUAGACAACAGUGAAAUGGGAAAGAACAGGACAAUACCAAAGAAGGUGGGCAAUCGAUGUCCGAUGUGUGCAGCGAGAUUCGAAGAUAAGGAUGUUUGGUCGAAGCAUCUUGUAGACUGUGGCAACAGACAAAUGAUAUUGAAGAAGUUUGAGUGCCCUGGCUGUGAUUAUGCUGCCGUGAAAAAGUGUGAUUUAGACAGACAUCAAAAACGGUCUGGACAUAGUGAACCUCAAGGAACGUCAGACAGUGAGGAAGACUGGGAGGAACACGACCAGGGUUACAUUCUCAGCCCCCAGUCUGUGAAACAAGAACCGGAAUGGAGUGUCACAUUCAGUCAAGAAGAAGUUGAUUUGAACGAGGACAUAAUUGGUAGCAGUAAUAGCGCGGUGCCUUGCUCGACAUCAGAGGCGCUCGAUUCAACGAUAAAUAGCAGUCAUGAUACAACUAGCAGGAAACGGACGUCUUCGACGUUACCUAUAGCAACUAAAGCAAAAAUAGCUAAAACAAGCGGCGACAUGACCACGACUGAGAGAAAUGGGAUUACUUUAGUGGAUGCUGUUACACAGACGGAGGCACCGAUCAAAAGUAAGAUGAGGCGGAAGACUGUUACUUAUCACGAGGGAGCUAAAACCAUUGAGGAGAUUGUUGAGGAACACUGGACGGAAUAUUAGCAUCGUGAAAUAGGUGGGAAAUAUUCCCAGUAAUACCCGACAGAAAUCUAUAGCAAUUAUAUUACUCUAAAAACUAUGGAUUUUGCUUCAGAUGAAUGAAUGAAUGUUUUUUGACACGUGAUAUUGAAUCAUAGUGGCUUUCCGUGAUAUAGAAUUGGAAUUUCAUUUUUUGCAUUUUUUUUUCAAUUAUUCAAUAUCGAUACAGAUAUUUGAUAUCUUCUUAAGGAAAAGUAAACAUAUUUUCAUCGGUACUGCUAUUUGACCAUUUGUUAUAUAUUGCUCGAGGCCGGUGAUAUAUUGCUGACGUCUUGAAAUCAACGUUCUGUAAUAAUUUUCAUCUAUGAUGUCACAUGACAAUGUACCGUACAUUAUAACUUUUUCGUGAAAACAUGCCUUGCUGAUUCCAGAGAAGAACAAA